AUGGCGUCUAUGUCCGGUGUUGCUGCAAAUGACUCCUGCGUCGGAAUGUGGGAGAAACUCAAAGCUGGAAAGAUCAAGUCCUGCCAAUUCAAAGUAGAAAACAAAGAGAUUGUGCCAAUCGAAGAGUCUGUCCAAGAAAAAGGUGCUCCAGAUGCAUGGAAAUCAUUUACUCAGAGUCUGCCUGAAAGUGAGUGUCGAUAUGCGAUCUACGACGUUGCCAUUAAACUUGAUAUGGGUCCCGGAGUUCCAGCAGGAGAACGAACAAAGUUGACAUUCAUUAUCUGGUCGCCCGAUAGUGCCCCAAUCAGGCAGAAGAUGGUCUCCGCCUCCUCCAAAGACGCGCUCAAGAAAAAGUUUGAAGGCAUCCAGGUUGAGUGGCAGUUGACUUCCCCAGAAGACCUCGAUGCUUCCGACAGAAUAUCUGAUCUUUCCACGAAAUCCGACAUCAAAACCUCCGGACGUGGAAUCCUGUCGUUCGAAGGAAUCGCUGCCUAA